UCUCUCUCUCUCUCGUGGUAUGGAAUGUAUCAUGAUUUGGUAUGGUCUUGCCACAGUAUUUAGGUUUUGACGGCGAAUAGGGAAUCGCUCACUGUGUUAUUGAUGUUUUUUUUCUUCGACAUUUCCAUGGUAACUGUCCAAAGUUUGAUCAGCAGCUCGCAGCGAGAACACCCAAGUAUUCAACCAUGGAGCCAAACGAGAAGAAUCCGACUCCGGACUCGAAAUAUGGUGAAGCACGGAAGUUUGACCCUACCUUCAAAGGACCCAUCCACAACAGGGGCUGCACAGAUGUGUUCUGCUGUAUUCUCUUCAUCUUGGCCAUACUGGGAUACUUUGCUGUGGGGAUCCUGGCCUGGUCCCAGGGGGACCCCAGGAAGGUUAUCUACCCGACUGACAGCAGAGGACAGUUCUGUGGCCAGGCCGGGACCCCCCUGGAGAAGAAACCUCUCCUGUUCUACUUCAACAUCCUGAAGUGUGCCAGUCCCCUGACCCUGCUGGAGUUCCAGUGCCCCACCACUCAGUUAUGUGUGGAAAGCUGUCCUACCAAACACAUGACGUUGCUGAAAGCCUACCUGAACAAAGGAGAGCAGGAGUAUUACAAGCAGUUCUGCAAGGAAGGAGUGGACUUCUCCAAAAUGAGUGCUCCCGAGAUCCUGAGGGAUGGCCUGUGUCCUUCCAUGCUCAUGUCCAGCAAACCAUUCACUCGUCGGUGCCUUCCAGCUCUCAGUACCAUGAAAGGUGGUGUGGUUGUUGUUGGCAACGAGACUAUUUUUGACAACGGGGAGGGAGAGAAGGUGAACGCCACGGAUUUUCUGGACGCUUCAAAGAAGUCCAAUGUGGUUGUUGAGGCUCGCCAGGUAGCCAUGAGGAUCUUUGAGGACUACACUGUGUCCUGGUACUGGAUACUGAUUGGUCUGGUGAUAGCCAUGGUGGUCAGUCUCAUCUUCAUCGUCCUCCUGCGCUACCUAGCCGGGAUCAUGAUCUGGGUCAUGAUCGUCAUGGUGAUACUGGUCAUCGGUUAUGGGAUCUUCCAUUGUGCCAUGGAGUACCGCAACCUGAGGGGAGAGCCGGGUUCUGACGUCACUAUCCGUGAUCUGGGACUGCAAACAGACUUCUCUGUUUACCUGCAGAUCAGACAGACCUGGCUGGCUUUCAUGAUCAUCCUGUCCAUCGUGGAGGUGGUUGUCAUCCUGCUGCUCAUCUUCCUCAGGAAGAGAGUCCUCAUCGCCAUCGCCCUCAUCAAGGAGGCCAGCAGGGCUGUUGGCCAUGUGAUGUCAUCACUGUUCUACCCUCUGUUGACGUUUGCCCUGCUGGCCCUGGUCAUAGCCUACUGGGCCAUCACCGCUGUCUUCCUGUCCACCUCCAAUGAGCAGGUGUACAAAGUGUUCAACACCACUGAGUGUGAGUACUCCAGAGACACCUGCAAUCCCGAGACGUUCAACACCACCAACAUCACAGCCCGGUGCCCGGACGCCGAGUGCCUGUUUGCCUUCUACGGAGGCGAGAGCUACUACCAUAAAUACCUCAUCAUGUUCCAGUUCUACAAUGUGUUCCUCUUCUUCUGGUGUGCUAACUUUGUGACGGCGCUGGGUCAGGUGACCCUGGCUGGGGCCUUCGCAUCCUACUACUGGGCCUUCAAGAAGCCUGACGACAUCCCAGCCAACCCCAUCUGCUCCUCACUUGGUCGAGCCCUCAGAUACCAUACAGGCUCCCUUGCCUUCGGUUCCCUCAUCCUGUCUCUGGUUCAGGUCAUCAGGGUUCUGCUGGAGUACCUGGACCAGAAGCUGAAAGCUGCCCAGAAUCGCUUUGCCAAGUUCCUGCUCAGCUGCCUGAAGUGCUGCUUCUGGUGCCUGGAGAAAUUCAUCAAGUUCGUCAACAGAAACGCCUACAUCAUGGUGGCAAUAUAUGGCAAAAGCUUCUGUACCUCAGCCAGAGAUGCCUUCUUCCUCCUCAUGAGAAAUAUAAUCAGGGUGGCUGUCUUGGACAAGGUGACUGACUUCCUAUUGUUUUUGGGGAAGCUCCUCAUCGUUGGAAUUGUGGGAAUCUGUUCUUUCUUCUUCUUCUCUGGGAGGAUUAAGGCUGUGGAGCAGACUGCCCCCUCUCUCAACUACUACUGGGUUCCCAUUCUGACGGUGGUGGUGGGAUCCUACCUGAUUGCCCAUGGAUUCUUCAGUGUGUACGCUAUGUGUGUGGACACACUCUUCCUCUGCUUCUGCGAAGACCUGGAGAGAAACGACGGCUCUCCAGAAAGGCCGUACUUCAUGUCUCUGGAGCUUCACGAGAUUCUCUCCAAAACCAAAAUGGCGGAGGAAGAGGACAACAAAGAUGGUACGGAACAGCCAGACGCUGACCCAAGUGAACCUACACUGAUGGACGAAGUUCGCCUGGAGGAGGAAGUACCGCUGAAAGAACAAGAUGGAGAGAUACAACUACAACGCCAAGAUGUGUUCAUGCAGGCCAACGAAGAGGAGCAACCUCUGAAGGAGAAGAUCAAAGAGGAGGAAGUGGAAGAACCACAAGAGGAGAAAUCUGAAGUGAAGGAGGAGAAGGAAGAGAAGGGACCAGAAAAGAAGGGACCAGAAGAGGAGGCAGGAGUGGAAGAAAAGGGAUCAAAGGAGGACAAGCCUGAAGAGAAGGAUCACCAGCCGACAGAACCUAAAAAGGAAGAGACGGAGGAAAAGAAACCUCAAGAGGCGGAGCCUAAAGACCCUCCUUCUACACCCCAGGAGUAGUAGUUUACGUUGUCAUGGAGACGUGGAGCUUGGUAAACCUCAUAACUAGGUCAGGAAAUGCCCCUGGCCCUACUCAUAUAACAUGUGCCGUAUGGAGCCAGUAUACAGUACCUGUUACUAACGACGUAAUAUGUAAUUCUAUGCUAAUAUGUCAUUCUAUGCUAACGACUGUGUGAUUUGAACCAGUUAAAUGUAUGACCAGCUUUUAAAUGCAAGACUUUUCACAGUGCUAAUGUAUUGUAUUCACACACAGGGUUGUUUUAACGUAAAGGUAGAUGGUUUUAACAAGGUCCUGUGGUUGUAAAAGGCUGGUCAAAAACCCAGUGCAUCUCUGUAGCUUGAAAAUAUUAUGUUUAUUUAUUGACUAUUCAUUUAUUGUGUUGGUUUGGUUUUAGACAGUGAUGGUUUUUUACCGUGAGGAUCUGUAGAUUUGUGAGUGCUGAACCUGUGCCUGACUACUACAAUUGUUAUUAUGAAUAUUUAAUUGUCUUAAUAUCAUGAAGUAAUGAGUAAUGAAUGCACUAUGAAUUCACUAUUACAAUGUUUACAGUCAAUCAAAACAAAACUUCAACUAACGGUGAAAAUGAACAAUGUUUACAUUGAUACCAGCUGACACCAAAUGGUAAAUCCUUUGAUAUCCUUUGAUAUGAAAAUGUGAUUUCCAAUGGAAUCAAUGUGUAUGUACAGUAUGUAUUUAUUAAUUAGUAUGCUUAUUAUGUCUUAUUACAUCUGUGUGUAAUUAUUAAUUUUGCUUAUUAAGUUCUGUAUCAAUUAUAUAGAUGAUCCCUCCAGCCAGGAACAUGUUUUUGGACUCAAUGUAUUGUAAUGAAAUUCCACAAACUACUUGCCUUGGAAUUUCAGCUUAACUGCUGUGAUUGUGUUGCUGUGACGCAAUCGUUUUAACCUCUCAGAUCUGGGUCGUAUUACCCACAGGAGGUUGGUGGCGCCUUAAUUGGGGAGGAUGGGCUCUUGGUAAUAGCUGGAGCAGAAUCAGUGGAAUGGUAUCAAAUACAUCGAAAACAUGGUUUCCAUGUGUCUGAAGCCAUUCUAUUUACUCCAUUCCGGCCUUAUUAUGAGGCGUACCUGAACUUGUUUUUGUUUUCCGUUGCAAAAUGUUUUUAAACGUUUUCCGCUGCAUGGCCUAAUGAAUACGACCUUGCAAGCCCUGUUCAAUGUUUACUGACCCUAUUUGCCUUUGUUUUCUUCUUUCUCUCGAUCUGUCUCUCUGUCUGUCUCUCUUUCUCUCUCUUCCUAUCUCUGUGCUGCAUGGUGUUUCAGUAACAUUGCCUAUUGAGUGCUUUAUCAAAACUAACCUUGCAACCUUCUGCCAAUGUUUUCUAUCUGUUUCUGUCAGUGUGUGUCACAUUGUAAACAUGUUAGCUGAUGUAGUAUUUCACUUAUAUAUGAUACAUUCCACUCAGUUUGCUUCUGUUGGAUGCAGCUGUUGAUUAAAGUUUGUUGUAUUGAUCAA